AUGUGCAGGCACGGAGAAGCUGCCGGCGCAGGCACGCUGAACUACCCCAGAGAGCAGCUGCCCACCAACGUCGUCCCGCGCCACUAUGAUCUGACCCUCGAGCCCAACUUUGAGACGCUCAAAUUCGACGGUCACGUCAAGAUCGACUUUGACGUUGCCCAAGACUCAAACACCGUGUCCCUGAAUACUCUCGACAUUGAAGUCAAGCAUGCCGCCCUGUCUCUGUCGGCCGAAGGCCAGCAAAAGAGCCUCAGCGACCCGGUCAUCACCUACGACGAGCCCAAGCAGACCCACACCUUCGAGUUCAAGGACCGUCUUACAAAGGGCGCCAAGGGUACUCUCGAAAUCAAGUUCGUUGGUGAACUGAACGACAAGAUGGCUGGCUUCUACCGCUCAUACUACCCCAAGCCUGACGGCUCCAAGGGCAUUCUAGCUACCAGUCAGAUGGAACCUACCGAUGCUCGUCGGGCAUUCCCCUGCUUUGACGAACCUGCGCUCAAGGCAGAGUUUACCGUCACCCUUGUUGCCGACAAGAACCUGACGUGCCUGUCCAACAUGGACGUUGCCGAAGAGAAGGAGCUGCCCGCGGGAAAGAAGGCCGUUCGCUUCAACAAGUCCCCCGUCAUGUCGACCUACCUCGUUGCCUUCAUCGUCGGAGAACUCAACUACAUUGAGAACAAUGACUUCCGGGUGCCUCUUCGAGUCUACGCGCCUCCCUCCGAGGAUAUUGAGCGAGGACGCUACGCACUGGAGAUUGGUGUCAAGGCUUUGGAGUUUUACGAGAAGGCGUUCGGUCUCCCCUACCCCUUGCCGAAACUCGACCAAGUUGCCAUUCCCGACUUUGCCGCUGGAGCCAUGGAAAACUGGGGUCUCGUUACCUACCGUACUGUCGAGGUCCUUUUCGAUGACAAGACGAGCGGUGCCGCAGCCAAAGAGCGUGUCUCAACCGUCAUCACCCAUGAGAUUGCUCACCAGUGGUUCGGAAAUAUUGUGUCUCCCGACUGGUGGCACGCUUUGUGGCUGAACGAGGGAUUCGCCGAGUUUGCAUCUCGCUACUCUCUGAACGCGUUCUUCCCUGAGUGGAAGCUCAAGGAGUCUUUCGUCAGGGAGGAUCUUCAAGCGGCCCUUGGCCUCGAUGGCCUCAGGAGCAGCCACCCCAUCGAAGUUCCCGUCCACAAGGCCGAGGAGAUUAAUGAAAUCUUUGACAGCAUCAGCUACGCCAAGGGCUCCUGCGUCGUUCACAUGAUUUCAGCCUUCCUGGGCGAGGAUGUCUUCAUGGAGGGCGUCCGUAAGUAUCUCAAGCGACACGCGUGGGGAAAUGCCACGACAAACGACCUGUGGCAAGCUCUCAGUGAAGCCAGCGGCAAGGAUGUCGGUUCCAUCAUGAACAUCUGGACCCAGAAUGUUGGUUACCCUGUCGUUUCCGUUACCGAGACGGGCAACUCGAUCAGCGUGGAGCAGCACCGUUUCCUAACUACCGGAGAUGUCAAGCCCGAGGAGGACAAGGUCCUCUAUCCCAUUUCUCUCAAUGUCCGCACCAAGGGCGGUGUUGACAAGGACUUGAUGCUCACGACCCGCGACGCCAAAUUCGAGGUCGCGGACGCCGACUUCUUCAAGAUUAACGCCGACUCCACCGGAUUCUACCGCACAAAGUACGGCAUUGACAGACUCGAGAAGCUUGGCAAUGCUGCUGAGCUUCUCUCCGUCCAAGACAGAGUUGGCAUCGUGGCUGACACCAGUGCGCUGGCUACUUCGGGUUACCAGAAGACGUCUUCUUGCCUGGGUCUGUUCAAGGCUCUGAGCAACGCCGGCGAGGCAGAGUACCUGGUUUGGGACCAGAUUCUCACUCGCCUUGGGUCCAUCAAGAUGGCAUGGAUCGAGGAUGAGGAGGUUGUCGACAAGUUGACCGAGUUCCAGCGCAACAUUGUCAGCGGCAUGGCCCACAAGCUAGGCUGGAAGUUUUCCAGCGCUGACGGCCACGUCGAGCAACAGUACAAGGCCCUCAUGUUUGGUGCGGCCGGUAUGGCCGGCGACGAGAAGGUUCUUGCCGCGGCGCGGGAGAUGUUUGAGAAGUUUGCGGCUGGAGACAGGACCGCCAUUCACCCGAACAUCAGAAGCUCCGCGUUCUCCAUCGUGCUGAAGUACGGUGGCGAGAAGGAGUACGAUGCCGUACUCAAGUACUACGAGACCGCUGAGACGAGCGACGAACGCAACAGCGCCCUGCGCACGUUGGGACAGGCUCGUGACCCUAAGCUCAGACAACGUACUUUGGAUAUGCUGCUGAGCGGCAAGAUCCGCGAUCAGGAUGUGUACAUCCCCAUCGGCAGCCUGCGGUCUAGCAAGAGUGGCAUCGAGGCUCUGUUCGACUGGAUGCAGACGAGGUGGGACGAGAUCUACACCAAGUUCCCUGCCCAGUCUUCCAUGAUCGGUAGUAUCGUUAGCUACUGCACCAGUGGCCUCACAAAGCAAGAGCAGCUGGACCAAGUCGACAAGUUCUUUGCCGCAAAGGACAAGAAGGGUUACGUUCGAGCGCUGUCGCAGUCUACCGAUUCCAUCAAGGCCAAGAUUGCAUGGACCGCCCGUGACACGGAGGAUUUGCGCAAGUUCUUGGGUAUCUAG